AUAGAUCGCGCUGCAUUGGCCACUCUUCGGCUAUUAAUUUACAAAAUUUACGAACAAUUAACAUAAACUUUUACAUUUACCUGUGUGUUUUAGCAAUUACUCUAUAUAUUAAUGUGCUGUUGUUGACUACGUCUAAGUGCCACAGUGUCCGCUGGUUGAAGCCCCAACAGGUUGCUCGAAAUUCGUAGAAAUCAGAGUGAUAAACACUAGAAUGUUUUGAUACAGUGUAUAUUCGUGUGCAAUGAUUCAGCAAGGCGUCGCUCCCUGAAAUCCCCCCGAUAAGAAUGUAUUGCUAAACGUUAGAGGUGUCAACAUGACUAUAUUUUUAGUGAAAUUUCAAGAACUAAAUUAAGGAAUUAAAAAAAAUUCGCUCCCUGAAAACACCUGGAUAAGAAUUUAGUGUUAAACUCUACCUCAAAGUGUCACCAUGAUCGGGCCAAGUUCGCAGAUCAGCAAGAUCCUGCUCACCCUGCUGUUCCUGCUGAUCAUCUUCUACGUUUUCAUGGACGUGGAGCUCUACCUGCGCAUCCACAACUAUGCCAUCGAUAGGAAUUACCACACGAAUGUCUCCCUGCCCAAUAACGCCGCGGGAGGACAGUCCACCUCGGAAUCCGGAUCCGGCAGCAGCAGCAGCACUACGAAACUCCCCACCGCCGCCGACAGGCAGCCGUCCUACGAGGACCACACCUGGAUAUCCUGUGAUAUAAACCCGCUGUGUCAUAUCACUGUGAAGGCCAUUUUGUUGGACCACACCAACCAUUAUCUAUUCGCCCCGCUGGCCACCAUGUUUGACAACGUGAUUGGUUUCUCGCGCUCCACCUUCAUCACGCCCAACAUGAUAUCGUUUUUCCACGUGGGCGUGGCCUGUCUGGCGGGAAAGCUGGUAGCUUCAGACAGCCUGGGCUACCGGCGCCUGGGCGUGCUGCUCUUCCAGAUCCGCACCUUCCUGGACGACCUGGACGGGCAUGUGGCGCGCGUAAGAAAGCACAUACGCGGCGAGCGCUCGGAGAUCGGUACAUCCGGCUACUAUGUGGAUGGACUGUGCGACGGACUAGGCUGCAUUGCCCUGCUGCUGGGCAUAUUCUUUUACCUGAAGAACAAUCCGCCGCGCAGAGGCUACUCGAUCAUACCCAUGAGCGACUCGAAGUUGCCGGAGCCCACGAUGAUGAUACCGAAGAUGAAGGCCACUACGAGGAAGGUGGCCAAGAACGUGAUCAGCUUCACGGGUCAGCUGCUGUUGAGCUCGACGGCGUGGAAUCGCUAUAUAGCCGUCUACCAGAACAUGCUGGAGCGGGAGGACGUGAGCCCCAGCCAGUCGCAUUGCCAGGACUACAUAUUCAAGUCCACCUGGUUCUUCUGCGUUGCCUGGACGUGGCGCAUCGUGAACGUCCACGCCUUGCUCCACUGCGUCCUGCUCAGCAUAUUCUGCGACAAACUGUGGGACUUUCUGCGCGCGAUCCGGUAUAGCGGUUAUAUUAUCCUGUUAGUUGCUAUCUGUUUAACUGAAAUGCACAUUCUGGAGGCCCAGAACUACAUUUUCAACUCUACGGCGUGCAGUAAUAUUUCACUGUGAUUUUAUUAAUAUUACGAGAAAAUACAAUAAUAUAUGUGUAGUGCAAAUCAA